GCAGUGGCCGGGAAGAAGAUCGCCGACGCUCCCCGCCACGACUGGGCGAUGUACGCCACCCGUGGGAACGUGGUCCAAGACUGCGUCACGUCGAACAUCUCGGAGUCGGCCAACAGCCAGAUGGGAGCGGAGGUAAGCUAUUUGCAGAGUGGAGCUAAGCUCGCGGGCCAGGCGGAGAUGAAGGCCAACAACACGAGCGCCGUGCACACCCCUUUCGCGGCGGCAAAACUCAACGCCGAGAUGGCGUGGUCACAGAAGUGCGACGUCAGCAGUGUUGGCGGGGGGACGUACCUGGUGUUCCCGAACAACAACCACCGCCACUACAACCGCGUGGAGCUCAAAUUCGACGAGCACGAUCCUUCGGGACACCACCACACGUGCACGUGCGGGUUCUGCCAGAGGUGGCGCAUCCCUUGCCGCCACGUCAUUGCCGUGGCGAAAGCCCGGAACGAGCAGCAGAGGCUCUUGGAGCUCAUCGACGACGGAUACCGGCUGGACAGGGUCCGCGCCGCGGCAUCGGACGAGCGGUACCGCAUCACCCCCCCGGUGUGGGCCGACCUCGUCGUCAACCCCAACCACAAGGCGCCCCUGCGGGUGGAGGGGCAGGCGGGCCGCAAGAAGACCAAGCGCGUGACCAAGCGCAGGAAGUCCGUCGGCGAGUACGCCACUACCUCGCGGGCCUACGCUCUCCACCUAGCCCAGGCCGGGGCCGGCUCCGCUUCCAACUCGGCGACGGCCGCCUCCAACGCCCACGCCAACGCCACUGCGAGCCUCUCGCAGGGGCAGUCGCAGGGCGCGGGGGAGCCCUAGACUCGCAGGGGUGGACGUAGCUUUCCACCUUCGGUCGCUUGGUGAAAGGGGGUCAGGUGGCCGGCAUUUGCUGGUUGGGGGCGGGUAGAGGGUUCUGUAGGUGGAUCCUUGCGUGGUGCGUGUACAUCCUUGCGUGGUGCGUGCACCUUGUAUGACGGUGGCUGCAAGAACGGCUCCUGAUUUGGGGUGGUGGCCGGGGGGCCCCUUGAGAUACUUUAUUGGUUUCCUUUCGUACAUGUCGCCAGCAGGGGGGCGCCUUGAGAUACUUCAUUGGUUUCCUUUCGUACAUGUCGCCAGCAAUUAUUGCCGCGGUGUUGGCUGGAAUAUUUGUCGCGUUUCUCGGAAGGUGUUUUGGUGGUCUUCUGGUUUGGUUGUGGUGAUCAUAUUUGUCCUACUUGUUGGUGCUUUGGUGGUCUUCUGGUUUGGUUGUGGUGAUCACAUUUGUCCUAGUUGUUUUGUGUCGACGGGCCCCGGGGUUGCAUAGCUCGCGUUACGUGGUAUGCGGUAGGCGUUGGUCCUUAGUCACUGCACAUGUCCACAUAGUAGCGCUGUCACGGCUAGGCAACGGCAUGCUAGCUUCCUGUCUGCAGCCGUAGGUUCCUUCGUCGAUUCAGAGAGGCCGAAUCUCACAUGGCCCCGAUUUAAUCCGCAAUAGAGAUAUCAUACUUCAUGGUUGGUUGGUUUGCCCGGGCGAUUUUUCGCGACAUUUCUUGAUAGACUUCGUUGUUUCUGCGCUACUGUCCAUCAUCGACCAAGAAACGACGACCCAUUUCUUUCAAAGAACCGAUGCCACAAACAAAAAUCUGGGGAACUUUUGGCCCGCGCUCUCUCGUCCGUUUUCACUAGCUGAUGUUGCCGUUGCCGUUUCAUUUCUCAACUCGAAGCAUCACACGAACUACGCCCGC